GUGAUCUACUGGGCCCUUUCAGUCUGGCCUACAUCAAGGGCUGGCGGCGAUCCAUUUGUUUUCUCAUUUGCUUGGAGGCAGUGAGGUAUCAGUAUCAGAAGUUCUCGCUACUGGUUCGUGCUUAUGAAGAGUGGCACAACGCAUCACUCAUAAUGCGAGCGUUCUCGAUUGGAGAGAAGGAGGCCCUUGCUGUCUCCAACUUGCAGGAGCGAAUCUCCCCGGAGGUUACCGCCGCGCUGCGAGCUGAAGUGCGGCCGCGUGGAAUGAGACGCUGGCUCUCCCAUGAGAUCCUGGCGAAGAACUUGUUCAACCGGGGCUUCAGCUCUGGUACAGGCUGCUGGGACGUCAAACUAUUCUUGCAACGUCUUACAGGCGACUGGGACAGGCAGCCAGUGGAACUGCGGAAAACGUGGAGUUUGAAAGACGCGCAAUCCUUGCAUGGAGCGUGCGGCUUCUUCUUGCACGUGAUGGGAGAACUGGAGAGUCAGGUUGCAAGGAGUGAUUUUGAUGAUUGCAAGGAUGCCAUCCUCUCGCAAUUUAUGACUGGAUUCAGUGACCCGGAGAUUGAUCACUUGCUGCAAACCACAGUGCCGCCAGUGGAGCUCCGCGACAUUUCUUUCUUGAAGAAUGUUGUUGUGGCAUUCGAAGCGCGGACGCAAAAGGAGGUAGAAGCCAAGGAGGCUGAGGCAGCGGCCCGCGUUGCGGAGGCCACAUUGGAGCACUUGAAGGUGAAGCUGAACAAGGACCUGGAGGUGCUACGUGCGCGCGUUUCAACCCCAGAGCACGAAGCGCACGAAGCGUUGAAGGACCAGGCUUACUUGAGGGACAGGAACGGGCAACAGUGGACCCGCGAUUGGUUGGAAACUCAUUGCAAGCUGAUCCCAGUCGACCAGAGCAUGAAUUCUGCAAUGCCCGAAAUUGGACGUUUCCUUAGCAGGGAUGGGCUGGCCAGCGGUGGGCUGGACAUUUUGACUAACACCUCGGUCACGUACAGCAAGCCAAACUCUGCAGGGAACGACAAACGCAAGCUUGCGCAGCAAGCCCUUUUCCUCACCACAGCCAACACGCAGAGCGAGAAUGUUUGGACCGCUUCCAGCGCAUGGGUUUCCCAGACACUGGGGCCUGUGCCCUUGAUCAAGAUUUCGGACAUGAUCGGCUAUGACAGUAUUGUGAAAUGGGGCGGGCUGUGGUGCAGCGCCUUCUUGUCGACAAGGUUUGUGGCUGGCACAGCGCAGUACCAAGAGCUGAAAGCGUUCAAAGACGAGGUUGUGGCCCUCUAUCCUGAUGCAGCCAGCACUUCAGCUGAGCGGAUUGUUGCUGGAACUGGCGAGGCAGAAACCAACUGUUUGCCGUGGCGUUUGGCAGAUGAUCUUUCGCUGGUCAUCAGCACCGAGCGGAAGCUCUUGAGCUUGGCCGACUUCAUUCACCAGCAAGUGACCAUACAUGGCCUUGCAGACUUUGAGCUUCGUGAUCACAUGCUUUCUGCAAAGCAGCUUCCGCCU